GUAGUAGUAUUUUCUUUCCGGACGACCCGGUUUUCAUCCCUCGUCCCAAACACGUGUUUUUUGGUUCAUUUUUAUGCGCUGACUGAUGGAUUUGCACCGCAUUCGUGGAUGGAUCCUCCACUUCUGCCAAAACUGUCGGGACGGGCUUUACUCUUAUCUAGGAGUGGGCUAGUGAUGGAUUGACAGAUGAAAGCUGGGCAGUCUUUCAUUUAUUGCGCGCUCAGUAGUAAAUCAUAAGCAGACGGACUGCAAUCUGCUUGAACUACCCAAGUGCAGGCAAUCAUUAUUCGAGCAAUAUUAAAUUACAUCGUCGAACUCGCAGCAUAAAAUAUGUUUGUCUUUUCCACUCGACAUGCGCAGAAUCGUGUGUCUUAGCAUGCACUGUGAUCUCAUUGUACUCUCGUUUGCAACAGGUGGAAAAAGAAGUAUAUGAGGUUUGCCGAGGUGCGAGCCCCCAGCGAGGCCACCAUGUGACUUUUCUAUUUUGUCCCCAGGAUACGGGCACUGGCACUCAGUGGAAUUUUGCCCACGCUAAGUCGCGCUCCCUUUUUGUAAUUUUGAGGAUUCUCCUCUCCGCUUGUGUUCUGCUCUCCAGAGGCGCGGCGUUGCACUGCUCCGCUCCGCUCGCAUUGUUUCGCUCGGCAUUAACUACAUUCCAGAGCGACUCACUACACCCCGUCUCCCUCCUCGCAUUCCUUCCACAGAAACAAGUCCCUUUCUUUUCUUCUACUCUAAUCUCGGCGAGCAAACAAGCAUUGAAUUGCAGCGCCACCAAAGCGAGUCGGAACAUCGGCAGUCUCUUGUUUCCGAGGGAUUUUGUGCUCAUGCUACCUGGAAAGGAUUUUUCAGAGUCUCUACGCUGAAGGAAAGAAAGAAAAGGAAAGCUUCAGGAGAAAAUUCCUCCGCACAGCCCGCCAUUGACCGUAUUAGACCUUUCAACUUAUAAAGACUAAAAAUCAACAGACAUCCCUCGGUCUCCGAAAUCCACUGGGGAAGUGGGUGCUGUUUGAACCUCGUCUUUCCCUUUACCCCAGGAGACUUUUAACGAGCUUAGAUGUGCGGUGAAGAAGUUGUAUCGCGACUAGCAGGACAACCAUCACAAUCAUCGGUGGUCAUGUACGGAGCUCACUGCACACUGGGACUGUGAUCUUAAACUGGCAACCAGUGAGGAGAACUGGGGUGCGCGGGUGCGCGCGCGCGCGCGCGGCGGCGGCGGGGCCAUGGAGAACUACGGCGAGGACAUUGGGCUGACAGCCAGCAAGUUCGUGGAGGAGCUCUCACUGUACGACUCUCGCGGCGAUGGAUUCUACGGUGCCCGAAGCACUCUGAUCGCAAAGUCGGACUCCGAGGUUUCGGGACAGAUAUUAUGCCAGCAGAAAAGUACAAGAAUGAAUGGUAGCGCCAUGCCAUUCCCUCCCGGCGGUGAGAAUUAUUUGGCAGCAUAUAAUAAAGGUCACAGCACGGCAGCUUUUCGCGGAGCAAACGGCGGCCGGGGUGCACCUUUGGAAACGUGCUUGUCUCAGAGAGAAGCACAAUUUUGCGAAGAUGGCCAGUGUACCAAAUCCGAAGUUGCCCUCCCAUGCUACGGCGAAAGGAUCCGAAGGUACUCUUUAGAGGCGCCUGGCCACAGGUACAGCACUGGCAGCACCUACGAGAGCGUAGCGCCUACGGCGUGCAAGCAAGGCUCGUACCCAGCGUACCCUGUUAAUAGAGGCAGCGCUACCAGUCCCAGGACCAGUCUUUCAUCUUCUCAGGAGCAGAGUAAACAUUCUAGCCCCAGGUCAAGCAUCAGUAGCCCUCGCUCGAGUCUGAUCGUGCCAGGGCAGGAUAAAUAUACAAGCAGCCCGCGGUCCAGCCUUGUACAAUACGAAGGCAGUACCGCCUUGAGCCCUCGAUCAAGCUACGCCAGCACUGCUAGCGAUGCCAGCAAGCAUUCGAGCCCUAGGGCCAGUCUCAAUAGCUACGAUUAUGCCAGCAAGUCUAGCAGUAACCGCACCAGCGGCAUCAGCAUGGGCUAUGACCAGAGGCACAGCAGCCCGCGCUCAAGUACCGCGAGUCCUCGCUCCAGCUGCUCGGAUCCUCGCGGCGUGCAGUCUGGGGCUCCCGACCACGAAGCUGUUGCCGUCGCCGCGCUGAGUCCACGUUCUAGCAUCUGCAGCCAAGACAGUAACUGCAGACCCGGCGGAGCAGUUGGAUGUAACCCUUGUGUGAUCAGCCCACGGUCCAGUAUUUCUAGCCACAGCUCUCGUAGCUCGAGGGGUUCAAUGAGCACCUAUCCGGAUCUACAACAGCCUUCACCUCGAUCUUCCGUGCUCGGAAUAGGAUUCCCGGAUGAGACCACUGCUCAAGACUUCGGAGAUGUUCAAUCCAGGCUUCAGCAACCUACGGACGGCGCUCCUGGAGUGCCAGCGCAUUUCAACUACGGCAGUCCCCUGAAAAGCAGCGCACCAGCGCAUAAAUUCAAGCUUCCAUAUCAAGUGACCCCGACCAGGGAGAGCGGUCCCAGUCAGGCUGAGAAGCGACUGGAGGCGCUAACACUGGAGCUGGAAAAGGAGCUCGAGAUGCACAUGAAGAAGGAAUAUUUUGGUAUCUGCAUUAAGUGUGGAAAGGGGGUUUAUGGAGCAAGCCAGGCCUGCCAAGCAAUGGGAAACCUCUACCACACAAACUGCUUCACCUGUUGUUCCUGUGGAAGAAGACUGAGGGGCAAGGCUUUUUAUAAUGUCAAUGGAAAAGUUUACUGUGAAGAAGAUUUUUUGUACUCAGGGUUCCAGCAAACUGCAGACAAGUGUUUUGUAUGUGGACACCUCAUCAUGGAAAUGAUCCUGCAAGCUUUGGGCAAGUCCUACCAUCCCGGCUGCUUUCGCUGUGUAGUCUGCAAUGACUGCUUAGACGGAGUCCCUUUUACAGUUGACGUUGACAAUAAUAUCUACUGUGUCAAGGACUACCACACUGUAUUUGCUCCUAAAUGUGCAUCGUGUCACCAGCCUAUCCUACCUGCACAGGGCUCUGAAGAGACGAUACGAGUGGUUUCAAUGGACAGAGACUAUCAUGUGGAGUGCUAUCACUGUGAGGACUGUGGUCUCCAGCUUAAUGAUGAAGAAGGUCAUCGCUGCUACCCCCUCGAAGAACACCUCCUUUGCCAUGGUUGUCACAUCCGACGUCUCAAGACCCAGGUGCCAGCACAUUCUGUGCCCCCAAGCUAUCCCCUCCAUGUUACUGAACUGUGAGGGCAAGCUAGCACAUUGGGAAAAGCAAAUCCUUUUGGAGGUGCAGUAUGCAAAGAGAAGGCACCCACAUGAAAGCCCUGGGAACAGUGCCUUGCCAGAGCAGCCUUGAAUCUUCUCAUGCUUUUUCACAAAUUGCAGGAGUUUGUUGACAUGGAGGAAUGGCAACUCAAGCAGGUCACUGGGCAGAAAAAGAUGUUGGAAGAAAAGUGGUUGAUGUACAACAAAAAGCAAAUGAUUAAACAAUGAAAAAGAGGAAGAUUUAGAAGCUUUUCAUUGUUAAAUUCAGUGCAGAAAUAAGGACUCUAGUCAACUAACAUAGCUGGUUGACAAAAGCAGAUGCAAGACAAGUCAGUGGAUCUCAACACACUUACCAUGCCAAGUGAUACCACUCCUUUAUGAAGACAAAGGGGCACUCACUCACUACCUGGGUGUCACUGGGAACAAAUUCAGAUCAGUUGCUGUGUUUUUCACGGCUGCCUGCCUGGAUUUCAACUGCCUUAAACGGAGUCUGAAAAUGCCAUACUGGUUACUGAGGAAGAAUCUGCACUUAAAAAAUAAUAAACCCAAAAUAAACAAAACACAAGAAAUGUUCAUUCCUAUUUCUGCAAAAACACUUGAUUAGAGUUUAUUUGGCUAUGCAAAGGAACACUGUAUGCAAUUUAGCACUGUUUCACAUGUAAUCAGUCUUUUGUUUAUUUUUUAAUCCUUUAAGUUGUAAAAAUGGGCCAAAAUUUUGUAUUAUUUACAAUUUUGUAUGUAUUUUGCUUAAUUAUGCUUAUGCCUGCAACCAGCAGUGGUCCAGCAUGUCAACUUAAACUUGUCUAAUGAUGUUGGCACAAAUAUUAGGUGUACAUAGAUUGUACAGUCGUUUUUUAUAUAUUAUGGAAACUUUCACUGAAAUCUUAAUUUUUAUUUUAUUUUUUUUCUGCAAAGAUGGGAGAGAGCUGAGAGGAAACUCAAUAGAAUUCUAGAAGCCUAGGUGUGCCUGCAAUUCUUUGUCUACUAUGAUUAAACAGUAUAUUAUAGGA